UGUACCAUACACCUCCGAUUUUCCAGUAUAAAUCUUCCACCUUUGCAUGCUUCACCAACUCUUUAAAAAAUCAAAAUCCAAUUUUCGAUCAUAGAUUAAAUGCAAUUCCAAUUUUCUCUCUCAAACCCUAACCAUAGGAUCAGAGUUUCUUUUUUUAUUUAUUUUUUGAUUUUUCACUUUUCAGUUGUUUCAGUGUGAGUGAUAGAAGAAAGAAAGAAAGAAACCAUUGUUGAAAAACGAUGAUAGAGAACAACAACGUGAAGGACGAUGGAAGAGAGCUUGAAUUGUUGCUCAAUGAGAUCCCUCGGGUAACAUCAUCAUCAUCUGAUACAGAUGAUGCUGAUGAUUUUGUUAAUCUUGAUCGUGAUCGUAAUCGUGAUCGUAAUGGUUACGAUUACGAUCACGAUCUUGUAUCAUCAUUUGUAAUGAAACAGAAUCAAGAAAAGUAUGAAGAGGCAUUGAAAUCACCUGUAACUGUCAGUGGUUUUUCAAUGCAAUCUGAAAACGGUUCUUCUUCUAGCUUUUUUUCUGAUUAUGGAACACCAACACCACCGUUAAUGGAGGAUCAUCCUAAAUCAAUCGGAACUGGAGCCGGAACCAGGAUUCCUGAUUUCAGAAACGAUACUGAUAGGUUUGUUGAUUUAUGUAGCAAUUUCAGUAGAAUGUACACUAGUAAUCAACAAGAUGAUAACCCUAGUGUAGGUUAUAAUAGUUCUAGGAAUGGUUUUAUGGAUUCUGAUUCUGUGAGGUUUCAAUCCCCUCGCUUGAAUAACGCUAUCGGUCAUCGUAUAGCUGAAUUGCGUUCUGGAUUAAGACGAGAUUAUGGAGGGAAUAAUUCAUUUGGAUCAUCACAGUAUUGUUCAGAGCGACGCGAGCGUGGUACUGUAUACUCUCGAUUGAAUGGCUUUGGUAACUCAGUGGAUUCUGAUGAUUCUGUGAGGUUUCAGUCCCCUUUCUUGAAUAACUCUGUCAGUCGUCGUCGAGCUGAAAUGAAUUCAGCAUUUGCUCGAGACGACGGAGGAGCUAAUUCAUUUGGAUCGUCACAAUCUUAUUCCGGGCGAGAUUAUGGAGUAGCUAAUUCAUUUGGAUCAUCUCAGUCUUAUUCCGGGCGAGAUUAUGGAGUAGCUAGUUCAUUAGGAUCAUCACAGUCUUAUUCGGGGAAUGGAGUAGCUAAUUCAUUUGGAUCAUCACAGUCUUAUUCCGGGCGAGAUUAUGGAGUGGCUAAUUCAUUUGGAUCAUCACAGUUUUAUUCAGGACAUGGAGUAGCUAAUUCAUUUGGAUCAUCACAGUCUAAUUCAGGGCAAUGCGAGCGUGACACUAUGUACUCUCAAUUGAAUGAUUUUGGUGCUUCAAGUUCAACGGGUUCCUCUUACCACAGAAGCCAGCAUUAUAGAGGAACUCUCAGACAUGAGACUGGUGCACCACACUUUACUAGAAGAAAUUCAGUUGUUCAUGCUCCACCUCAUCCACAAAACUAUGGAAUGAAUUUCUUGCCAGAACCUGAAACGUCCAGAUUGCCUUUUUAUUCCCUUGGUACUAAUUUUAGGUCUAGUGCUAGAGUUGUACCACCUUCAAAUGCCACAAGAAUCUCACAAGGAAAUAUAGAUAUAGAUGCUGUUAGAAGGGAGGGGAGCUUUAUCUUACAGGGUGAUGACAGAUUAAGUUAUGUUGGUGCUGCUGGGAGUUCGGAUCGAUGGUGUCAGAAUGCCGCACGUGAAUCUGGCUUUUCUAAGCAUCUAUUUAAGUCAGAAGUAGACAUUCAGCAGCCGGUUAUGCGAACUUGGGAAACUCCUAGGAGUUCUAGGAUUGGUUCUCCAUUCACUUUGCCACUUAAUCAUAAUUCCCGGUCGGAAGCUCCAUUUACUUUGCCACCUAAUUAUAAUUCCACGUCGGAAGCUCCAUUUGCUUUGCCACCUAACUAUAAAUCCCGGUCGGAAGCUCCAUUCACUUUGCCACCUAAUUAUAAUUCUCUAUCGGCAGCUCCAUUCACUUUGCCACAUAAUUAUAAUUCCCGGUCGGAAGCUCCAUUCGCUUUGCCUCCUAAUUAUAAUUCUCUAUCGGAAGCUCCAUUUGCUUUGCCACCUAAUUAUAAUUCCCUGUCGGAAGCUCGAGGGAGCAUUUAUUUAAUGACCCAGGAUCAAAAUGGCUGCAGGUACCUGCAAAGAAUGUUUGAAGAGGGGAGAAUGAAAGAUGUUCAAAUCAUAUUUGACGAGAUCAUUGGUCAUAUGGUCGAACUUAUGACGAGUCCUUUUGGAAAUUAUCUUAUACAGAAGUUAUUAGAUGUCUGUAGUGAAGAGCAAAGGAUGAAGAUCAUAAUAAUGGUGAUUCAGGAGCCGGGGAAGCUUGUCGAAAUCUCGUUAAAUGCUCACGGCACCCGUGUUGUUCAGAAGCUGAUUGAGACUCUUAAAACCGAGCAACAAAUUUCAUUAGUCGUGUCGGCUCUUGAACCAGGAUCCCUGACUCUUAUAAAAGACCUUCACGGAAAUCAUGUAGUUCAGCAUUGUUUGGAAUGCCUUAGCAAUGAAGAUAACAAGUUCAUCUACGUCGCUGCUGUCAAGUAUUGCGUCGACAUUGCUACUCAUCAACACGGAUGUUGUGUUCUACAAAAAUGCAUUCGUUAUUCAAGCGGGGAACAUAGAGAAGUACUUGCUGCAGAAAUAUUUGCUAAUGCUCUUUUGUUAGCUCAAGAUAAAUACGGAAAUUAUGUUGUUCAAUGCACCUUGGACUUAAAUAUUCCAUCUGCUGCCACAACUUUGACUCAGCAAUUUGAAGGUAGUUACGCGCACAUGUCAAUGCAGAGGUACAGUAGUCAUGUGGUUGAAAAAUGUCUUGAAGUAUUCGAUGACGAGCAUCGGGCAAAAAUCAUUCAUGAACUGCUUUCUGAUCCUCACUUUGACCAAUUGCUUCAAGAUCCACAAGCAAAUUAUGUUAUUCAGAAGGCUCUUCGGUGUUCUGAGGGCCAUGUGCAUAAUUCUCUGGUUGAAACAAUUGAGUCCUACAAAACAAUUUGUCGAAAUAGCCCGUAUUCGAAGAAGAUUUUCUCCCAGAAGCUUUUGAAGAAAUGAUGUACAUUGGCCCUUAGCAUUUAUCAUUCUGGAGUCUGCCACUUAUAUGCAUUGUAUGGUUGUUUAACUGUAAGUUGGGAUGCCAAUAACCAUACCGAUGAUCGAAAUCUGUUUAGAAUUGCUUAUCCAUCUAUCUGCUCAGCAAAGUUUUGAAAAGAGAGAGACAAUAAGCAGACAAUUUUGCUUUCAUUUGAAUUAUGUAUGUACUAUUUUGUUGUUUUGUAUGAUCUCAUGUUGUUGGAUUUUAUUAUCCCUGUUCCUUGUGAUUUUCUCACGCAGAGAAUGUGUAGUGUGUAAUUCGCUGUUAUUGUAAAAACAAUUUCUCAUAUUACCUGUUUUGAUAUUCUGUGCACAAUGUACCCAAAAAAUAGAGGCAAAAAGUUCAAUUAGGCCUUUUAUUUAUUGCAUUAAAGCUUUUUGUUUAAUCAUUUAA